AUCCCUAUCCGUGCUCCGUGGGUGUAUCAUGGCAAAGACCGUGGGAGUGUUGGUGGAGUUCAACUAUGAAGAUCUGGAGGUGUGGUACCCUCUGCUGAGGUUCCGUGAGGAGGGGUUCAGGACGGUGGCUAUCGGACCUGAGAAGGACAAGAGCUACACGUCCAAACAUGGCUACCCCUGCAAGUCAGACACCAGCAUAGAUGCUGUGUCUGUUGCGGACCUGGCUGCCUUGGUCAUCCCUGGCGGCUGGGCUCCAGACUACUGGAGGAGGGACCCACGAUUUCUGGACCUUGUGAGAGACAUGUUUAAUGCAGGUAAACCAGUUGCAGCGAUCUGCCACGGUGCCUGGAUGUUCUGCUCGGCACGGAUCAUCAAAGAUAAGAAACUGACCUGUUUCCACGCCAUCAAGGACGACGUCAUUAACGCUGGAGGGUUGUAUGAGGACAGUGCUGUGGUUGUGGACGGCAAUUUGAUCACGUCCCGAGUUCCAGGAGAUCUGCCGGAGUUCUGCAAGGCAAUAUUGCAGCAGCUGCAGGCCCAGUAAACAGCUGCUGUAGCAGUAAACAGCUGCUUUCCCAAUAAACAGCUGCUGCCCCA